AUGGCUUCCUUUCAUGAAGACGACGAUGAAGGAUUUGAUUGGGAAGCAGCGGUGAGGGAAAUCGAUGUGGCUUGUGCUCAAAACGCCGCCGAUUCCGUCAAUAACUCCACCGCCAAUCGUGCUUCUACGUCAAAUGACGCCGAUUUCCGAGAAACCCAUCAACCAUUUGUGGCUGGAAAGGGCGAUUCUUUUCCUUCUUCGUCUAAGCAGUCGACCCUUGAUAGGUUUAUUACUGGGGCCGGUUCGAAUUCGAAUAGAACCCAGAGAGAAAAAGAAGGAAAUUGGGGAAAUGGGUUUCGGGAAAAUGGAAAUAAUCAUUAUCAUGGUAUUGGUAAAGGGGUAGAUGAGGGUGGAGAUGCUGAAGGGAGAGCUAGUUUUGUUAAGAUUGAUCUUGAGGCUGCUAAAACAUGGAUAUACCCAGUUAAUAUUCCUCGGCGCGACUAUCAAUUUAAUAUCACACGCACUGCUUUGUUUUCAAAUACCUUGGUGGCAUUACCUACAGGACUUGGAAAAACUCUAAUUGCUGCUGUUGUAAUGUACAACUACUUCAGAUGGUUUCCAGAAGGAAAAAUUGUAUUUGCGGCUCCCUCUCGACCACUUGUAUUGCAACAGAUUGAAGCAUGCCACAAUAUUGUAGGAAUACCACAAGAAUGGACUAUUGAUCUUACAGGUCAAACCAGUCCAACAAAAAGGGCACACUAUUGGAAAACGAAAAGAGUGUUUUUUGUAACUCCGCAAGUACUUGAGAAAGAUAUCUAUUCUGGUUCAUGUUUGGUGAAUUAUCUAGUUUGUUUGGUGAUCGAUGAGGCCCAUCGAGCUACAGGAAAUUAUUCCUACUGCGUAGCAGUUCGUGAGCUGAUGGCUGUACCUGUGGAACUCAGGAUAUUAGCGUUGACUGCGACACCAGGAUCUAAACAGCAGACAGUCCAGCAUAUAAUCAAUAACCUUCAGAUAUCUGCACUUGAAUACCGGAGUGAAAGUGAUCCUGAUGUGAUACCUUAUGUGCAUGACAGAAAAAUAGAACUAAUUGAGGUUGCUAUGGGCAAUGAUGCUGCCGAGGUAAAUAAUUUGAUCUUGGAUGUGAUCCGACCAUAUAUUGCUCGACUUGGUGCAAUUGGUGUGCUUCCAAGUAGAGAUUUUCAGACGCUGAGUCCAUGUGAUUUACUCAACUCAAGGGACAAGUUUCGGCAAGCUCCUCCACAAAAUUUGCCGCAGACUAAUUAUGGGGAAGUUGAAGGUUACUUUGGGGUUCUCAUAACUCUUUACCACAUCAGGAAAUUACUUUCCAGUCAUGGAAUAAAGCCUGCAUUUGAGAUGCUUCAAGAAAAGCUGCAACAGGGGUCCUUCGCACGUCUGAUGAGUAGAAACGAAAUUCUAUUGAAAGCAAAACUGGUUAUGCAGCAAAACAUCUCUCACGGUGCUCCCAGUCCGAAAUUGUCAAAGAUGCUGGAAGUGUUGAGUGACCAUUUCAAAACGAAAAGUCCAGUUAGUUCAAGGGUCAUUAUUUUCUCCAAUUUCAGAGGAAGUGUCAGGGAUAUAAUGAUCGCACUGAAAAACAUAGAAUUUGUCAAAGCUACCGAGUUUAUAGGUCAAAGCUCAGGGAAAACAUCAAAGGGUCAGUCACAGAAAAUGCAACAGGCAGUUUUGGAGAAAUUUCGAGCUGGUGGAUACAAUGUGAUUGUUGCGACCUCCAUCGGGGAAGAAGGUUUGGAUAUCAUGGAAGUUGAUCUAGUCAUUUGUUUUGAUGCUAAUGUCUCACCCUUGAGAAUGAUCCAGCGGAUGGGGAGGACUGGAAGGAAACAUGAAGGAAGAGUGGAUAUCCUUGUUUCAUCUACUUUUCUAACUACUUGUGAGGGUUCCGAGUUGAGGGGUUACAUGCGCAAGCAAGCCAAUAGCAAGGCUAUUAGGAAGCACAUGCAAAAUGGGGGAACAAAGAGUUUUCAAUUUCAUUCAAGUCCAAGAAUGAUUCCUCAUAUUCUAAAACCAGAAGUUCAAUUUGUUGAACUUUGUAUUGAGCAGUAUGUUCCCCGUGCAAAAAAGAUCAAUGAUGAUGAUUCUGUUAUUGAUUCGUCCACAUAUAAGACUAAGUUAACCAAUGCUGAGAAGGAGUUGAUUGCUAAAUAUUUUUGCCCUUCCAGUAAGAAUACCUGGAUACCAUCACUUAUUGCUUUUCCUCAUUUCCAAGCUUUUCCUUCAAGAGUGGGGAAGGUGGUGCAUUCACAUAGGACAGGGAUGCUAAUAGAUGCAAUGCAAUGUUUGCAAGGAUUAUCAUUUUCAGGAGACACUAAAUCUUUUCUUUUUGAGGAUAGGACCUCUCCUGAACCGUCAGCAGUUCCCGAAGCUGUUGAACAGUGUCAUGAAACAACAAUCGAAUUGACGAGCCCUAUCAAUUUUCAUGAAGCGGAUAGGGAAGAAGUUCUGGGUGCUGAGAUUAAAGCAAUAGGAAAUAUAAGUACUGAAGGGGAGCCUUUUUUGCAAGAUUCUCAACAAAAAACUCUGACCCAUUGCUUCCUCUUCAACUCUGAAUUUGUAGCUUUAGAUGAUCUUGGAAGAGUUAUGGUUUUAUCCUUGCCAGAAUUUCCUUUAAGAGAAGUUCCUAUUCUUAAGUUGGCUGAUAGCACAACAGUGCCACAUCAUCGUAAAGAAGCUUCUGUAAAUUUUGACCCUUCAAGUUCAACACAUCUACGGGGAGAAAAGUAUGACCUAGUCGAAGGUAUGACUGCUUCGACCUCCCAAAUGAGAUCCCAAGAAGACGAUAACGAUCGUAGAUGUAACGUAAACAACAUUUGUCAUGCAUCUCAAGAACGAACAUUAGUCCUUCAAAAUCUUCAGACUUCUAGUUCCAAGCAAAAUCCAAAUGUUGGGGAGAACAUUUGCAGCAGUCCCCAAACACCCCCACCGAUUGAUGAGGGCAAUAAUGACUCAGGAGAGUUUGAGCUUAGUCCCAGGCUCACUAACUUUCUGGAGAGUGGUGUUGUUCCAGAAUCUCCUAUCAUUAACAGUGGAAGGCCUUCUAUCAAAGAUGAUGGAUGUGAGGUUUCAGAUCUUGUUUCCAAUGGAAUGGAUUUUGAGUUGGUAGAGAAGUUCCAAGAGCAGGGUGAAGAGGUUGUUCAUGGCAUACAUGGUGAUGAAAUGAAUGUUCAGUCUCCCUUGAUAACUGAAAUUCAAUUUCCUGCCACAAAUGUGAAUGAAGUAAUCCCGGCACUCAAGUCCACUUCUCCAACUGCUGUAGAAACUCGAUCUCCAUUCAUCAAUGUUCAGUCUCCCUUGAUUGAUGAAAUUCAAGUUCCUGCCGCAAAUGUGAAUGAAGUAGUCCCAGCGUUCAACUCCGCCUCUCCAACUGCUAAAGACUCUCGAUCUCCUUUGAUAAAUCUGGUAGACACUAGCUGUAGUGAAGACUGGCUAUUAAAUUCUGGAGACAGGUCAAAAUGUGUGGAAGAGAAACCCAAGCUUAAAAGACUGCGCAAACUUGGAGAGUUGUCUAAAAAUGGAUCUGAUGACUUGAAAGGAAAGACAAAUGGACUCUCCCAAAACUUAAGUAGUCAUCGUGCUGCAGAUCAUCUUAGAAAUCAUCAUGAGAGAGGUAAACGACGAAAAGUAGAUGAUGCCAAGCUCUUUGUUGAAGAAGAAGCAGAGGUGUCUUCAGAUGUUGGGGUAUCUGCUGAUGAGGAAGAUGAGCUGGAUAAUAAUUCAUUUGAUGACAGUUUCAUCGAUGAUAGACUAAAUCCUACAGCAACAAGUACUCAAGCUGAAGAGGGUGCAGUUGAUAUGAUGGCGGUUUACAGACGUUCUUUGCUCAGUCAAUCACCAUCCCAGAUAAUGCCAAACAGUGGUGCAGAUACUACCCCCUGUUCUGAGGUUCGAACAAAUGAAAGCACAAGUACAUCAGGAACAGAAAGUCAUCUGCUACAAAAGUCCUGUAGCGUCUUCGGAUCCACCACAAGGCCGAAUCGCAAACAGGAUUGCUCAGAUCGAGCACCAUCCGGUACAACUGGCGUUCCAGAAGAUUAUGGAAGCAAGACAGAAAGUAGUAAAAAGCGUAAAUUUUUUCAACCUGGUUCUUUCCCUGUUCAUAAUUUAGAACAGGAAUUCUCUGUUCAGUCCAUGCAUUUAGGAGAAGACUCUAUCCGAGAAGUCAACAAAUUCCCUGAAGACGGGGAUAUAUUUGACGAUGACCAAUUUUUCGAUGCUAUUGAUCUAGAUGCAAUAGAGGAGGAAGCUACAAAACUCCUGAAACAGAGGACAGAGUGUUCAACACAGAAACAUGUGGCCCUAAACAAUGCCAUGGGAGAUUCGCCUUCAUUUGACCUGGGAAUUUGA